AUGUCGGCGGCUCAAUGGAGAGCCGCCUACCUUGACCCGUUGCCGCCGGUUGAUAUAACCGCAUGGUCCGUUCUUGCGGACAUCCCGUGCGAACCCCCUGUGAUACGGGUUCCGCGGGGGCGGCCGAGGAAACAGCGGUCUGUUUCCUCGGCCGCCCCCGCGGAAUCAAGGGCGACGAGCUACUCGAGACCACGGAGGACUCCUCCCGCUUGGAGCCGUGGUUUCUGCUGUCCCCGACCCCGUAAGAAGUCGAUGCUCGACUUGCGGGGAGCCGGGCCAGAACUCUCGGCGUUUCCGUCGUCCCCAUCAAUAGGGGCUACGGCAGUACGGGGUUUACGGGGGUUUACGGGGGUUGCGGAGGAAUAG